AUGAACAAAAGAGAGGCGUUAGGAGCUCCAAUUUCAUCUGGUUUUCUUCUUCCUUUUCCUUGGCAGCUCCUACCUAGCCCUAUUUUGAUGAAUUUCUCCAUCCAAGGAGCAUGGGUAAGGAACCCUUUAUGGUUCCAACGGUUUGACGCAGCUGGGCUUUCCCAUAGAGGGGAAGGCGCCGCCUGCUUUCCUUAUGUUUUCUCCAAGGCAGAGCUUACAGAGGAAAAGGGGAGAGAUGGAGCCUUUUGUCUGAUGGACACUUCCCUCACCCCCAUGGAUUUCCUCUGGUCUUGCCAUGGCUCCCUUGUGACCAUUGUUUGGAAUUUAAACGGGCAUAGGACUUGA